AAUCCACUACUCACGUCUUACAAGCAUGGCGAAUUUUGUGGAGGUUUCAUCUUCGCAGCAAUUUGAGGACUUGUUAAAAAAAGCUGGCAAGUCACUCUCAGUGGUACAUUUCUAUGCGCCAUGGGCCCCACAGUGUACCCAGAUGAACGAUGUGAUGGCAGAGCUGGCACAGGACCAACCUCAGGUGACAUUCAUCAAGCUGGAGGCAGAAGGUGUGCCCGAGGUGUCGGAGAAGUACGAAAUCAGCUCUGUUCCCACCUUCCUCCUGUUCAAGAGCUGUGAGAAAGUUGACCGGCUGGACGGAGCCCACGCCCCGGAGCUGACCAAGAAGGUCCAGAAGCUGGCGUCCAGCGUGGCCCCGGCCAAAGGGGCGGAGCCUCCCAAAGAGGACCUCAACGACAGGCUGAAGAAGCUGAUCAGCGCCGCCCCCUGCAUGCUCUUCAUUAAGGGGUCUCCCCAGGAGCCCCGCUGCGGCUUCAGCAGGCAAAUCGUGCAGAUCAUGAAGGAGCACAACGUCAAGUACAGCAGCUUCGACAUCCUCUCCGACGAGGAGGUGCGGCAGGGCCUCAAGACCUACUCCAACUGGCCCACGUACCCCCAGGUCUACGUCAACGGCGAGCUGCUGGGGGGGCUGGACAUCAUCAAGGAAAUGGCCGAAUCCGGAGAGCUGGAGACCACCUGCCCGAAGGCCGUGACGCUAGAGCACAGGCUGAAGUCCAUCAUCAACAAAAGUCCCGUCAUGCUUUUCAUGAAAGGCAACAAGGAGGUGGCCAAGUGUGGAUUCAGCCGCCAAAUCAUCGAACUGAUGAACGGCGCCGGUGUGGAUUACGACACGUUUGAUAUUCUUCAAGAUGAGGAGGUUCGACAAGGACUGAAAACAUAUUCCAACUGGCCAACAUAUCCUCAGCUGUAUGUGAAAGGUGAACUGAUCGGUGGACUGGAUAUUGUAAAGGAGCUGAAGGAGAGCGGGGAUCUCCAGUCCGUCUUGAAAGGCGAAAACUAGCGCCACGGCAACGGCAACGCUGACCACCUGAUGCCACGGGAACAAUUUGCGCCGCACAGAAAACGAUGAGGAUCCUUCCCGUUUUAACCGUUAGGCUCGGAAGAAGGAAGAAGCAAUCCGUCUCACAUCAGCCAAUUUCUGUUUUUUUUUUUUUUUUCUUCUCUUUCUUUUCUCUUCUCUUUCUCUCCCUCUCCCAGACACACAAGCAGGCUGCGCGACCGGGCGCACACGGGUGUCUUUAAAACGCAGGCGGCACACGCCCCAUUCAAAAUAAACCUGUCCAACUGAUACUAUCAA